AUGCACCACGUCUAUUACGCCCCUGAACGCGCUCCUCUUGAUACCCUCGUUCACAACCACACCCCUGGGGUUCCCGCUGAGAGCGUCCAGGGCUCUCUCGGUGCCCAUACCCCACACGGCCAGGAGGUUUACCACGUCGGCGGGGGCCCGCAGCAGUCCAGAGGCUCGGAGCAGCCCGACCAGAUUCGCGACAAAGAGGGCCCUAGACCGAGAAUCACGGGCACCGACUCCCUGGCUGUAGCAAAUCUCUAUCCUGACGCCGCGGCGCACGGCAGCCAUGACGCUCUUGGGGCGAAAAUAGAAGCCCAGGUUGGCGGCCAGGUCGAGGGUGAGGAUACUGGGCUCUGUGAGGUUGACGCAGGCGUGGUUGAAUGCGGCCUCGUUCGUGGGGCAGACGGCAAGUAUGUCAAAGGCGGCGGCGACGGCGUCGAGCCGGUGGUUGUCGCGUGGGUCGGCAUACUGGACAGUUGCGCGGCGGAGCACGGUCGGAAGGGUCUUGGACUGGGGUACCAGCGGGAGUGGGUUGGUUAUGGGCGAAGGGAUGGGGAGCUUGUUGAUUGCGUGGUUGAUGGCGACGACGUCGAAGCCGAGGACGGCUGCUUGGCGGAGUGUAACUUCCAGAGCCGAUGCAGUCGUGGACGGUGA